AUGGAUUCAGCCCAGUCGGCGGAGGUACCGUCAGGCAGUGCCCCGGGGACCUCCGACGACCCGCCCAACGGCCCUGCUAAACGUCGGUGGAGGCGCAACCGCAUUGCCUGCGACUCUUGCCAUGCCCGUCGCGUGCGGUGCGACCGCGCUUUUCCCUGUUCCCGCUGCCUACGCAGUGAUAUUCACUGCGAGUUUACCCGGGAACGUCGCAAGCGAGGCCGCAUCGCUCGCGCACGCCAAACCGAUCCUGCCGAUGCCAUUGACAAGCCCUCCGCCAAGCCUCCAACCCGUCCCGAAGCAGCUCCCGAACUCGCUGCUACAACGCCCCUACCCAAUGCUUCCCCACCUUCCAGCGUCCAACAUCGAUCGCCAGUGACCAAUGACCUGACCGCAUCCGCCCCCAGUGUCGAUGAACGCCGGUCGCAAGCCGAUACUUCUGUGCCACACCGGCGGUCCGGGCCCAGUCUUGGGGCCAACGCGACGGAGGAGUGGCUAUCCGCCGCACAUGUAUCGCCUAGCUCAUACGAUAUUCUGGGAGGUGCUGGGGUGCAUGAGGGCCCGUUCCCGCGCAUGUUCGAUUUAUGGAAUGGGGUCGACCUGACAGACUACAAUGGAAAUACGCCUCAGGGCGGGAAAGCCGCGGGCCUGCCUCCAACUCCCGGAGUGUCAUCAACCGCACUGAAGUAUCCCGUGUUGGAACCCCUGAUGCCUUUCCUCGAUGCGAACCUGCCCCGGCGGCUAGUGUUUGACUUGUUGGAGUUGUAUUUCACAAGCGCUUUCUCCACCCACAUGCAUCCUGUAUGCCACCACAUCCAUUGCUACGUCCUGCGCAAGGCAUCCUUUCUAUGUCGAGACUAUCCCCGUCCCAGCAGCCCCGCUUUGUUGGCGAGCAUGCUGUGGGUCGCUGCGUUGGACGAUCGGGCCUUUGCACUGCCCAUCUCCCCACCCCAGCGAAAGAAGAUUUGCCAAUUCCUUUGCGCUCUUACCAUUCGGUUGCUGCGACCGUUGAUACAUGUAUCAUUCAAAGAGCAGGGAGGCUCUCCCGCCAAUGACCCGACGUAUGCUCCGGUGGGCCAGGAAUGUCCUCCUACCACGGUCCAUCAUCCCUUUGAAGGAGGAGGGGACGAUCGAGGCUUAGUCGGACCUGCGGGUUCUCUAGACGACGUGAUCACUUAUAUUCACGUAGCCUCGAUUAUCUCGUCUAGCGAGCAAAAGGCGGCCAGUAUGCGAUGGUGGCAUGCGGCAUUUACUCUGGCAAGAGAGCUGAAAUUGAACCAGGAGAUCGAGGUGAUGCCGCACGUCGAUGGCCAGACAGAAGGCUCCAGCCCGUCGUUUGAUUACUCGUUACCCGGAUGGAAUGGAGUGGACACGGGGCCCUUGUUCGAUUACUCUAACCCGGCUCGGCCGAGUCUUAAUUGCGUAUGCGACCGUGGUCGUGAUGCGCACGGCACAAUUACCGAGGAACAUCGUGAAGAACGGCGCAGGACGUGGUGGCUGCUGUACAUUAUGGACCGGCAUCUCGCCCUAUGCUACAACCGGCCCCUGGCCCUAUUGGAUGCCGAAAGCGAGGAUCUCCUCCUACCGCUGGAUGAAAGCUCGUGGCAGGCUGGCAAUAUACACAGUAACAGUCCUAAGCCUGACGGGCCCCAGUGUCUGCUCUCUGGGGAUAAGAACAAACGACGAGUGUUCCCUAAUUUCAUCUGCCAUGAUCACUCGAUCUUUGGAUUUUUCUUACCCCUGAUGACCAUCACGGGUGAAUUGAUUGACUUGAACCAGACGCGCAAUCAUCCCAUGCUCGGCGUGCGCCUUCUGGGGAAGGAUGUUUGGGAAGUGCAGGUGAGCGAGGUUUUGCGUCAACUGGAAAUCUACAAGGCUAGCCUCACGACCUUCGCGGCCACCACCUCGGAGCCAGAGGCGUCGUUAUCUUCAACCUUCCCUCCUUCUAAAUCAGAUCCACCGCCUGCCACCGAACCCAGCCUUUCUCAGGCGUACUCCUGGCAUACGCAGACAGUCGUCUCCUAUGCAUCCUAUCUGGUACACGUCCUCCAUAUUCUCCUGGUGGGUAAAUGGGACCCAGUCUCCCUUAUCGAAGACAAAGACUUCUGGACAUCCUCUCCGGCUUUUGCCUCAACCAUCUCCCACGCCCUCGACGCGGCGGACUCCGUUGAUCAGAUCCUCCGUUUCGACCCGGACAUCAGCUUCAUGCCGUACUUUUUCGGCAUUCAACUGCUGCAGGGAAGCUUCCUUCUCCUGCUAAUUGUGGAACGGCUACAGAAAGAAGCCGGCGAAGGCAUCCUCAACGCGUGCGAGGUAAUGAUUCGUGCCACCGAAUCUUGCGUCGUUACCCUUAACACCGAAUACCAGCGCAACUUCCGUCAGGUCAUGCGCAGUGCCGUCGCCCAAGCGCGGGGGCGUCCUGUGAAUCAUAGCGAAAUUCGCCACCGACGCAAAGCCGUCUUGGCCCUCUAUCGAUGGACACGCAAAGGCACUGGGCUGGCAUUAUAA